AUGGCGACUCCCCGGUUACCCUUCCUAUGGCCUGUGCUAUUCAAACCGCUGAAAGCGCCUCGCACACGCGCACCGAAUGUCACGCGAUGCACUCCAUCCAGGCGAAGACUUGCAGCAACGUCGCGUCCCCGACAAGAAGUCAUCACACAGCGCUAUGGCACUGCUCAAGAACCCGCGCCGCAUCUGCGAGACCAUGAAACCCAGAAGGGGUCUGAAAAAGAAGCCGAGGCGUCCUCUCAGCCCGAGCCCGAGCCCGUGGAAGAAGAGGAAGACGAGGGGCCGCUACCGCCCACGAUGCCAUCCACGCAGAUGAAGAGCGCAGACGCUGAUUUACCGGACGAAGCAACGCCCCCACCUCCUCUUGAGCCACCAAAACCGCCCGAUGCAAAGCCUCUCGAUACAGUACUGCACAUGCCUUCUCCGCAGGAAGAAGAGGAGCGCAAGCCCCCGCACCUCAAAACCCCGCCCUACGUGCACCACUUCGACACCUACAGCCUCGUUAAAGACCUCACAAAGUCUGGUUUUACUGAGGACCAGUCUGUCUCAAUCAUGAAGGCUGUGCGCGGUAUAUUGACGGACAACAUGGAGCUAGCGCGCGAGGGGCUGGUCAGCAAGUCGAAUGUGGAGAACGAGACGUAUUUGUUUCGCGCGGCCUGUAGCGAGCUGAGAACAGAGGUAGGGAAUACGAGAAAAGCGGAGGUGGAAAGAAUGAGGAGCGAGAGAAACCAGUUGCAGCACGAGGUGGACAUUCUGAGUCAGCGCAUGGGUCAGGAGACAAGCCAUUUGAAAGAUGAGCUGAAGGGGCUAUUCGACGAUCGGAAGAUGGCUGUGCGGAACGAGCAAAGGCACAUGGAGUCUCUGAUUCAACGACUGGGCUACAAGAUCACCGUGGAACUGAAUUCAGAUGCGCGCAGCGAAGUCGAGGGUCUGAGAUGGAUUCUCACACGGAGAGCAGCCACUGCAAUUGGCAUAUCUGCCUUCCUGCUCUUUACCUGCUUGCGGUUCAUGAGCUACAGCAGCCACCUGACACAGGAGCAGAAGAAGAAGGACGAAGCUCCCCCCGAGCCGUCAGACAACUCGCCAGCGACAGGCAAGCCCAUGCUCGGCAAAGACGAGCCUCUCGGCGGCGAGCUGCUCACGACCGAAGGC